UUCCCAAACAAACUUCCAGCCCACAAUUUGUUCCCGCUCCAGAAACCCACAACCACCAUUCUACCUUUCUCUUAACAAAAAUGCCCUCUUAGUGCCACCUGUAAUAGCGUUAGGAAAAAAAGCUCACCGCCGGCGACGACACGGCGCCGUCGGUCGCCAUGGAUUCCGCCGAACGCGGUGGCCCUCUCCCUCCAACCAAGCGUCGGGUCAUGGUCAUCGCCGACGCCAGCCGCGAAUCUUUCGUCGCCCUUCAAUGGGCCCUUUCCCACGCCAUUCUCGAACAAGAUGACCUCAUUCUCCUCCACGUCGAGACGUCAAACCCUAGUCGACGCGGCGGUGGCGGCUUAUCGGCUUUCCUCCGCCGGCCGACGUCGUCAGGAAGUGCUGGAAACCAGCAGCACCAUCAGCAGUUGGCUCUAACGUCGACGUCAUCUUCGUCUUCGUCGUCUUCGUCGUCGUCGUCUGGAUCGGUAGUGUCAGCUGGGUCGGGGGAUGGGGGGGAGUACGAGUUCUUGGAGGCGAUGAGAGCGGCGUGCGAAGCGGCGCAGCCGAAGGUUAAGGUUCAGGUAGAGAAGGUGGAGAUGGAGGGAAGGGAAAAGGCGGCGGUGAUUCUGUCGCAGACGAAGGUACUUGGAGUCGAUUUGCUUGUUAUUGGUCAGCGCCGUUCGGGUUCUUCAUUUCUCGGAUGCAAGCUCAGUGGAAGCAUGAGUGGGAGAGGAUUGGACACUGCAGAGUUCUUGAUAGAGCACUGCAAGUGCCUCUGCGUUGGAGUCCAGAAGAAAGGUCAGAAUGCAGGUUAUCUUCUCAACACAAAGACACACAAGAACUUCUGGCUCCUGGCUUAGACUUGCUGUAGCUCCUCCUUUCACUUAUAGCCUUCUUCAUAUACUUCUCUUCCCCUCUCUAUUCAUAUUCAUGAAUCUGUUUAUUUAUUUUGGUUUAAUUUGUAUAUAUAUUUAUAUAUUUUUAAGGUAAAUCUUGCAAGCCUGGAAGGUGUAAUUAUAAGAACAGCAUAGGAAGAUUGUUAAGUUCAUAGAUUUUCUGAAAAUU